UUAUCAUUAUUCCUAUACCCCGACAUAAAUACGUUUUUCCUAUGAAAUAUUCGUGUUUUUAAUUUUUUUUCAUGAUGACAGUGAAUUUUCGCCUUAUUGAACGUGUCGCUCAGAGUUGACCACCGGAAGGCGAAAAGUCCAAAAUCGGUUUGCGGAACUUUGACUGAGGUACUGUUUUGUACUACCACUCCUCACCGGUUUGGUUUAUCAAUUCUCUUUGGAAAAUACAGAAAAAUAAUGAAUAAAAAAAAAGAUAGAUGGGAUAUUUGCCGCACAUGUGGUAACGCAGCGGAUGUUGAAAUAUUUGGUCGUGAUGGAGUGGCUCUACAGCUUGAAGAAAAAAUUAAUUCUUAUCUUCCUAUUACAGUUUCUAAGAAUGAUAAUCUACCACUCAAAUUAUGUAAUGUGUGCAUUAGCCGUUUAGAAAAUUGUCAUUGUUUAAUUGUAUCAACUAUUGAGAUGAAUAAAACAUUAGAAGAAGUUAUGAAAAAAAAGCAAAUAAAAAAUAAUUCCUAUAAUUUUGUAAAUAUGGAAAAUAAUGAAGAUGAAAAUAUUGAAGAUAUUGAUCAAGAGAAUGCACAAUCCAUGGGAAUUAUGGAUAUAAAUUCUGCUGAUGAAGAUGAUUGUGGAGGAAUUGUUACUGUUAAAGAAGAAUAUUUAGAAUAUGAACCGGUAGAUGUUGUUAAUAUUGGGGCUGAUGAAUUAUUUGAUGAUGCAUCUGACGAGUUAGAUAUGGAAAAAAUUACAGAGGAAGAUGAUGGUGAGGAGAAUGGUAAAUUUCAAUGUUUCAAGUGCCAGCGUGUUUUUGAUUCAGAGACCAAAAUGCGUCGUCACAUAUUUAUUCAACAUAAUCCCUCAGAAAUGGAAUGUUUCCAUUGUUUUGCUAAAUAUGAAUCUAUGUUGCAUUUUGAGCGUCAUGUUGCUACACACUUCACUCGAAAUGAAUAUCUUUGUGACUUUUGCCCUACUAUGUUCAAUCGGGUGUCUGGAUUACUUGAUCAUUUAGCCAAACAUAAAGUCGAUCGUCAAAGAUUUACUUGUCAAGAAUGUGGAAAAGUGUUGGCAAACAGACUUUCUUUCACUAUUCAUCAACGUACUCAUACUGGUGAAAAACCUCAUGCAUGUAAAUAUUGUGACAGGACAUUUUCUCAGAUUUCAUCAAAACAAUACCACGAACGAACUCAUACAGGAGAAACAACUCAUCACUGCGAAUUUUGUGGCAAGGGAUUCAAUUCAAAAUUGACUCGUGACACUCACCGGCGUAUUCAUACAGGUGAGCGUCCAUUUGGAUGUAAGAAAUGUAAUGCUACAUUUCGUUGCCUAGCAAACUUACGCCAGCACGAAAUGGUACAUGCACCAGUUAAGCCAUUCCAAUGUGAGAUCUGCUUAAAACGCUUUGGACGACCUGAAAAAGUGCGUGUUCACAUGCGUACACACACUGGUGAAAGACCAUAUAAAUGUCCAAUUUGUGGACGCGGUUUUACACAAAAAAAUGAUAUGCUCAAGCAUACCAAUGUUCAUAAUAAGCCGCCCCGACGGACCAAUUCACAAAUGAAGAAUUCCGAAAUAGUAAUUUCCAUUGAUAAUAAAUCACCACAUUAUAAGAAUGUAAGUAUAAAAGAACUACAGGAAAUGUGUUAUGAUGUCUCCAAUAGUUAUGAAAGCUCAGAAAAUGGAAACGAAACAGAAAGUAGUUCAAUGCUUUGAUGAAAGAUUAAUCGAUUUAAUUGAAUGUCACGCAUAAGUUAUUCUGGUAAAAAUGUUUUGUUUAUUUUAUUAAGUCCUAGACUAUUGUUAAAUUUAUCAUACUUACAAUUAAAUGUAAUUAUAAAUUAUUUUUUUUUAUGAUAUAUAUAUAUAUAUACAAUGUACAUAAUGCUAAUUGUCAAGUAUGAUACAAAUUAAUAUUAAUAUGAUAUACUAUUAAUUAUCCUUGUUUUAUUUUAAUUAUGCAUAAUACAAACCAUGCAUAAUGUGUUACUUGAAUAUUAUAGUGAUAUUAAUGUUCUAUUUUCAUUGAGUUAAAACUGAUAGUUUGAGUAUAUUACGUAUAUAAAGGCUAUGCGUCCUACUGCAAUAUUAUUAUGUGUAAAUUGUGUAAUUAUCAAUAAAUUAUAAAUUUGCAACUUAGCCU